AUCUCCCCCCCACCCUCCAUUCUUCCCUGAAGAUGGAACCCAUGAAAACAUGCAGUAAGACCUGGAUAACUUUCAGCCAUUGCCUGAGAUUUUGCAAGAAGUAUCAGACAUUGAGCUACUGCCACGAAAUAUAAUCUAACUUUUAUAUGAACCUUCAGGGUCCAUCUGUCAUGUAGAAAAUUAGAAGAGCAAGCAGUAUUUCCUCCUAAAUCUGUAUCUGUCACCUAUGAAGGAGUCAUAGGUCCAAUUCACCCAUGCGAGGCAAGAUGUCUGUUGCCCCGUUUGGCCUAUAUCCCUCUAAAACUGCCCCAUCUAUUUAUCUGUCUAAAUGCCUUUUCAAUGAUGUAAUUGUUCCCACCUCUACAGCUUCUCUGACAGAUCAUUCCAUAUACGCAACAACCACUGUAAGGAAAAACUUGCUCCUUGGAGGUGAAUGAUCGAAGAGAGCAAUGGUACUGAUGAGAUAAAAGGUUCUGAGUUUCUCAGUAAGAAGGUGAUCAACUUGGCCCCCCCCCUUCAGUCAUUAAUAGCUGCAGGUACAUUUUUAAGAGUGUAACAUGGAACAGCAAAUGUUCUCAACUUCUCUGUUGAAUGGCAUUGGCAAUACUACACCUGUGGAUCCGUCGAUCUUGUACAACAAUUGGUCUGUGUUUGCUGAUGAUGGCAUACCUCCAGCUGCUUUUCAUGAUGGUCCGAAACAGAGAGCCCAGCUUAAUUUAUCAGAUUCGGGAAAUACUCCUGAUUUAUUUGGACUGGUCUCCAGCAUACUUGAUGAGCCUGAAAAACCAGAAUCAUUUUCUGAUUGGGGUUCGUCCUCUAGGUUAUUUCAAUCAAUUUGGUCGACUGCAAAUGGAGACGGUACUGGAUCACCUUUGAAAAAUAAAAUGGAAAAUGGAAGAAUUUCAAAUAAUGUGGAUAUUUCUGAAUACUAUGAAGAAAACUCUCAGACAUUGGCAGAGAAAGUAAAAGCUGAUGAACUUUAUCAAGGAUUUCAAAGUUUGAAUCUUUCAGAACCAUGGGUUUCCAUGCUCAAUAAGGAUACCAAUCAGUGUGAUUCUCAAGCCAGUGAUGUCACAUUUAUUGUGCGAAAUGACAUGGUGCCUCAGAAAGAAGGAUUUUCCUCACAGUCCAAGGAAUUUGAUUGUUGCUUACAAAAUUAUGAGGGAGCAGAGAGGGGACUUUCCAAUUUUAAUAUACAUAGCUUACAUAAUAAUUGCAGUAGUAAUAACACAAACAAACGCAAAGAACACUACAAAACUGACCGAUUUAGAGAUAAUAAAGUUGGAACAUUUGCGAUCAAAGAUUGCAACCGGAAUUCAGAAAAUAGACACAGCUCACAUGUUGGCGAAAUGUGGGGCAAAGUGUUGCAAGAGAAACAAGUAUUUCAAAAAGGACAUGAAGAUUUCAGUGCCAGUUCUCUAAAGAAAAACUUUUCUUGUUCACAAAUGGAUUUCCAUGGCCAGCAGUUUUCCAAGGAGAAUAGCUUUGUUGCUGAUGUGAACAGAAAACCUGCCACUGACUUUCCAAAACGUGGAAAUCGUGCUCGUACUUUACGAAACAGUUUUGAGAAUCAUUGUGAAAAGCUGUAUCAGAAUUGUUUAGAUGAUCUUCCUAGAUCAUCUGAAUUCAUUAAUUUGACAAAGGUUAUGCCACAGAGGAGUGAAUAUAGUCCUCAUUCUUCCCAAAGCAACCUGUUAUGGUCUGAUAGCAACACAAUGAGCCCCACUGUUGAAUGUAGUCCUGUGUUUAGGAAAGAUGGCGACAUCAUUUCAACUCUCUCACAAACAUCAACUACAGCUGCUGUAAGUAGCAGAACUCCAACACAGUUGCCAAUUUCCAGUGUUCUUCAACCUAACUAUUAUCGUGCUGCAGCUCCAAUGGAAUCCUUAAGGCAAGGUGAAUGUCCCAGGUUUUCUAGCAGUAACAUGAAUGACUGGAGUUCAUCUACUGCUGUUGGUAGAAUACAAGAGCAAAAAAAGCCUGGUACAACACUUAACAUUGAUUCCUCAGCUGCCAGAAUUGAUCAAUAUCAAAAACAUUCUGGUGGAUUUGGUACCAAUUGGACAUCACAUCACAAUGUUGGUAAUGAUGAGCCAGUCAAAUAUUUCAGAUAUUCUAAUAAGCAGGGACACAGUAACAACAGAGAUGAUAAGAGAGGGCGGAAAAAUGGAUAUCCACAUCCUUUGAACUCUGGAUCUUUUGGACAAAACCACCAACAGUAUAAUAGUUACUGCAGACAACAAGAGCAAGAUGGGAGCAAUAUAUCUGAUUUCGUUAAUCAUUCUUUUGUACCCACAUUCCCAUUCAUGAUGCCUGAUUUUAAGCAAAAUCAGAACUACUCCACCCAAUUUGGGCCCCAUGGAAUUUCUAACGCCAACUUUCCUUUUCCUCCUUCAACAUUUCCAUUUCCUGAACUAAUUGACUUAUUUUAUUAUGAUGACUUGAAUCAGUUACAUCCUUUUAUGAAUGAUUUUUUUGGUGGAGAUAUGACCACACCCUACUUUGGAUUUCCACCACCAUUUUCCAAAUACAGACCUAUGAAGAAUCGUAGUGGCCCGGCAAAUGAACUUCACAUUCGAUUGGAAGAAUGUUAUGACCAGUGGCGAGCUUUGGAAAAAGAGAGGAAAAAGACUGAAGCUGAGCUUGCAAGAAACUUUCCUGGAAAGCGAGUGUCCAGUUCAAACAAUGCUGCUAUACCUCGUCUGCCUUCCAAUCCCUCAAGAGUAGAUCGUUUGAUUGUUGAUCAGUUACGUGAACAAGCAAGGGUAUUGACUUUGUUUGGCAAGAUGGAACGUCUCCAAAGUUGUCCAGUUUAUGCUAAUAUAUCUACAACUCUCGAUUGCCAUUUGGAAACUAUUCACGUCACACAAGCACGUCGUAAAGAUGAAAUAAUUAAUGCUGCAAAUCGUCAGAGACAAGGAGCACCUCGCUACAAUGAUGACAAGGAUGUUUUGGCCCUGGCAGCUGCUAUUAAAGACCUAACCAUUUCAACACGAAAGGCUCGCACUGCUCUCUGGUGUGCACUGCAGAUGACCUUGCCAAAAUUUUCCUUGGGGGCUUUGGUCAAGCAUGUUGAAAUUGAAAAAGCACUAAAGGAGCUGUGUCAAGGAGGUGCUAUCAAAAAUGAAGAUGAAAUGUCAAUUGAAGAGAAAAUUAUGAAGUCUGAAUUGGAUCAUGCUGGAUGUUCAGCAAUAAAAAGAGAAGUAUGCUAAAAACAAAAGAGACAGCUUAAAAUGCAGCAGCUUUUGUGGAUUGUCUUAUGGAAUAUUUCAAACCGUGGGUGGCGUCUUCAAAGUCGUACUGUUAGUAUUGUGUGAAAUUCUAGGGUUAGCAGUAAGCUACCUGUUAAAUAACUUGGUGAUCUGGGUGGUAAGGGAAAGUUGCAGUCUGGGAUGAGAUUUGAAAGGGAAUGUGGAAAUUAAUGAGUUGGUUAUCAGUGUCUUGAGAGAAUCUGGUGUCAUUUUUGAUAAUUUCAGUAAGAAAAUUGUUACAUAACGUUUUUUGCAACAUUGUGCUAUUUCUGCUGCUUUGGGAUUUUGUCAGGCAUUUCUAUUUGAAGCAGGCUUUAUUAUACAUCAUCGGAUGAUAACUAUGCAGUUCAGAAGAUUAUACAAGUUCUUGUGUGGAAGUGAAGAGUAAUAAAAUGCUUUUUUUUAUCACGGAAAUAGAAUUUAAAAUAUAGUAAAUGAGAAAUUAAAUACUGAGAUUCAGUAACAAUGUAACGAAAAUGGUACAGUUAAUAAUUUUACUUAACACCCAUUUUUGGGCCUGGUUUUGUCACAAUUGAGAUAUAUAAAGAACUUUUAUCAUUUACCGUAUUUUCAGAAAGGUAGUAUAAUUUCUUCUACAAUUGAGUUUUUAAAUAAAUUAAUGAAUGUUCUUUCAUAUUUUACAAUUAUGUAGUAUAUUCUAAAUUACUGCUUUAGAUUAUGGAAAAGUCAUUGGAAACUGCAAAAAAACAACCUGAUCAGGUUUAAUAACUGCCAAUUAAAUGACUAAGAUAUUAAAAAAACUAUAAUUGAGCUUGCAAAAAUAAUAUACUAAAAUCUGCUAGAAAUGCUCAGUUGAUAUAUUUAAUGAGCUAUUUUCCAUUCUAACUGGCAUUAUUAUAGAACAAUAUUCUUGUGUUUAUUUGACAUAUACUUAUUCAAAUCCUAAAUUUAGGUUGGGCCCUGGAAUUUUGGAGCAGUACUGUCCAUUUCCAUGGUAUGUCAUUUAGCUAAAGAGGUUUGAGGAAGCAUUGAUUUAAAAAAAAAAACAGGGUUAAAAUAAUUGAGCUCUUUCAAUCAUUUCUGACUAUCUUUAAUUCUGCUUUCUAAAUUGUUCAAAAGAUCAGAUUAUAAUAACAUAUUGUAAUCCACAAAACCAAAAAUGUGGUUACUUGGUAAGACGUCAUGCCGAUCCAAUCACGAAUAGUAUUUUCAGAACUCAGUAGUUAAGGUGUUACAACGACAGUUAUAUUAAAUUGUUUGCUCAAGGAAACUCAGUUAUAUGCCUGUGCAUCCAAGAACAUUUUAAUCACCUAUGUCAAAUAUUUAUCAGAAGACAUCCAGUUUUUAACUUGACGAGUAUAGUAUUCAGUUAUAUGGCUCUUUUCAGAGAUAAACUGAAGAAACUACAUGUAGCUCGAACACAGGCAUUUAAAGGUGCAUCAAUAAUUUUUGGUUAGCCUCAGGACUCAUUUCACAAAUAGAUAUAUUCUUUUACUUAGAUAAGGAUUAGGUUAUU